CUCAGUAUAUUUCAGUCUCUUUAAUAACCAAUUACUAUAAGGAUUGAGUAUUUAAGAGGGAAAUUUUUCUUUUUAGAAUGAAAUCAAUUAUUCUUGUCAGUCUAAUAGUUAUUACUACACUUGUUGGAUUAUAUACAGAAAGUGUACAAGGUAGACCAGGUGGGCAUGGUAAAGGAAAUUUUGAUGUUGGCUAUAAUGGACAAUUUGAAAAAGGUGGGCAAAAUAACAAUAACAAUGGACAUUCAUGUCAACAAUGUGGACAAAAUUUUCCGAAACAACAAAAGGGGAAUUAUGAUAGAAAACCACCAAUGAAAAGUGGACAAAAUCAAAAUGGUUGUGGAAAUGGAAGAGGCGAUUGUGGUGGACAAGGUGUGCAAGGCGGAUCAAAUGGACAAGGCUGGUCAAAUGGGCAAAAUGGUCCAUGUGGACAUGGUGGAUCAAAUAAUCAAAAUGGAAAUGGUUGUUCAAAUUGUCAAAAUAAAGGUAGGCCUGGUGGGUCAAAUGGUCAAAAUGGUUCAGGUGGACACGGCUGGUCUAAUGGUCAAAAUGGACCAGGAGGAAAAGGCUGGUCAAAUGGUCAAAAUGGACCAGGAGGAAAAGGAUGGUCAAAUGGUCCUGGUGGACCUGGCGGUUCAAAUAAUCAAAAUGGAGGUGGCUGUACAAAUUGUCAAAAUGGUCCAGGUGGACAAGGUUGGUCAAAUGAUCAAAAUGGAUCAGGAGGAAAAGGCUGGUCAAAUGGUUCAGGUGGACAGGGUUGGUCAAAUAGUCAAAAUGGAUCAGGAGGAAAAGGCUGGUCAAAUGGUCAAGGUGGACAAGGUUGGUCUAAUGGUCAAAAUGAAUCAGGAGGAAAAGGCUGGUCAAAUGGUCCAAAUGGACCAGGAGGAAAAGGCUGGUCAAAUGGUUCAGGUGGACAUGACGGAUCAAAUAACCAAAAUGGACCAGGUGGAAAUGGCUGUUCAAAUGGUCAAAAUGGUCAAGGCGGAUCUGGUGGGCAAAAUGGUAACAAUGGUCCAGAUGGAUUUUAAAUCAAAAACUAUUUUACAGAAUUUGUAGUUAUUUCUAAAAGUUUGUAUCAUUAAAAGCAACAUUCUUAAUUAAAAAUAAAAAUUUUCUCACAAUAAUAAACUAAA